AUGGCAAAUUCAAAUAGUCCAAAUAAAGGUGGAGCAAAUAAAGGUAAGAAGAAAGGUGGCGGUAGUAAGGGGCCUAGUAAACCUAAGGUGAAUGCAAACCUUAUCCCUCUUGGUACUAGGGGUGCUGCCACUACUGCCCCAACUAUGACACCUUCAAAUUCAAACCCUUUGCCUUCAAAUAAUAUGGAUAACAUUGUUUCAAAAGUGGAUUUUGAUCCUUCUUGGCCACCAUCUUUACAAGAGUUUCAUAAUCGAAGCAUGCAACGUAUUGGCAAGUUAAAACCUAACAAGCAACCAACAGGGAUGAACCAAUUGAGUCAGUUGAUUAUUCAAGCAAAGGAAAGGGGAGUACUUGAGACCAACAACUGGAGUGCACAACUUAUCCCUAUAUUAGAUGGUGGUGGCAUGUUUCAGUUGGAUUGUAUGAGAUCAAAGAAGAAUGGAGGUAGCAAUGGCACCACUCCAGCAGAUGGUUCAAAUUUGCAAGGUGGUGCACUUCCAUCUUCAACAGGACCAUCACCUCCUAUUGUGCCUGAUAGAUUUCAGAACAAUACUACUAACCAAAAUAAAUUUAAGAAAGACCAAAAACCUAACAAAGGUAAAGACAAAAAUCAAAAUUUCAAAGGACCUAAAAGUAAGUUUAAAAAUGGAAAUUCAAACGGGAAAAGACCAUUUGUUUCGAAUUUUGAUUCUGAAGAACGAAAGCGUAUGCGUUUAGAGAGAUUUGGAGAGUUGGCUAAACCGACCACCAUUUCUAGCUUUUAUGAAACAAAAACUCCAAAUUUACAAAUUGUUGGAACAUCGACAAACCUCGAGAAGAGUUAUAUGAGAUUGACAGAUGAAGCCAAACCUGAAAACGUGCGACCAGAAUUCAUUUUAUUUCAAAGUUUACCAUUGGUUCUUAGAAAAUAUAGAGAAAACAAUGAUUACGGAUACAUUCGUGAUCAAUUAAAGUCGAUUCGUCAAGAUCUUGUUGUUCAACACAUCAAGACAGACUUUACAAUUAUAGUUUAUGAAGAAAAUGCCCGUAUUUCUAUUGAAAAUAAUGAUUUGAGUGAUUAUAAUCAAUGUGCAGCCCAAUUAAAGAAUUUGUACAGCACAAAGAGAAGAAACGAUCCAACUUUAAAGAAUAAAUACUUUCUGCAUGAAAUUGAAAUGAUGUUGUAUCGUUUGAUUUAUUUAAUAACAACCAAGAAUAAUAGUGAAGUUAACAAAUUUUAUUUGGCCAUAAUUACAGAUUUUAAACAUUUUGUGAUGACUGAUCUGGAAAAACUAAUACAUGAAUUCAUAAUGGCGUUAUUAGAGGUUCAAAACCACCUUCUUCAAGGUGAAUUUGAAUCCUUUUUCCAAUUGUCAAGAUUUAAUGAACUUGAAGAAACUAGAACUGCAUUUAUAUUUUUGAAGAAUAGCAUGUUGGAUGAAAUCAGAAUUAGGGCAUUAUAUUCAAUGGCUUAUACUUUUGCUAGCAUGAAUCUUAAUGUUGUGGUUGAAAAAUUAAAAUUUGACGAUGGAUCACCUAAAGCUAGUACUCAUGCAUGUUAUAAUUAUUUAUGCUCUCUUCGAUUGGGUGAUGUGAUUGAUAAAACUAAAGGAGAGAUGAUGCUGGCAAAAGUUAGGCCAAUAUUGAAAGCCCAUGUUGCCAAAUUUAACAAAGUCGAUAUUAAAGGUCAACGAUAA